CCGCCGCCCCGAGGCGCUGGUGCAGGGCGCGGGCGAGCCCGCUGCCCCGGUUACCCGCACAACACAGCCGCCUCGGGUUACCCUGCCCUCCCGCAACGGGACGCCAUGGAGCGCUCCCUUCACCGCGUCUCCCUCGGGAGCCAGCGCGCCCGCCGGGACCUGACCUUCUACCUUUCCACCUUUGGUCAGCUGAAGCUGUCGAUCGACAUCCAGGACCGGGUUCUGCUGCUCCACAUCAUAGAAGGGAAAGACCUGAUAAGCAAAGAGCCUGGCGUCUGUGAUCCCUACGUGAAGAUUUCCUUGAUCCCUGAAGACAAUCGAAUGCGCUUUCAGAAGACGCAGACCAUUCCAGACUGCAGAGACCCUGCUUUCCACGAACACUUCUUCUUUCCUGUCCCCGAAGAGGACGACCACAAGCGUCUUCUGGUUACCGUGUGGAACAGGGCCAGUAAGACCAGGAAACGUGCACUUGUCGGCUGCAUGAGCUUUGGGGUGAAGUCCCUCCUGACUCCGGACAAGGAGGUCAGUGGCUGGUACUACCUUUUGGGGAAGGACCUCGGUCGGACCAAGCACCUGAAGGUGGCCAGGCGGAGACUGCGGCCCCUGAGAGACCCGCUGCUGAGAAUGCCAGGAUGUGGGGACCCUGACAACGGGGAGGAAUUCGAGAUCACCAUCCCGAGGGGCAAAGAUGGCUUUGGCUUCACCAUCUGCUGCGACUCUCCAGUCCGAGUCCAGGCUGUGGAUUCCGGGGGCCCGGCGGAGCGGGCUGGGCUGCAGCAGCUGGACACGGUGUUGCAGCUGAACGAAAGGCCGGUGGAGCACUGGAAAUGUGUGGAGCUGGCACAUGAGAUCCGGAGCUGCCCCGGUGAGAUAAUCUUGCUUGUGUGGCGCAUGGUUCCCCAGAUCAAGCCUGGGCCAGACGGUGGGGUCCUACGGCGGGCCUCCUGCAAGUCAGCACAUGACCUCCAGUCGCCCCCCAACAAGAGGGAGAAGAACUGCACCCACGGGGUCCAGGCGCGACCAGAGCAGCGCCACAGCUGCCACCUGGUGUGUGACAGCUCAGAUGGGCUGCUGCUCGGUGGCUGGGAGCGCUACACCGAAGUGACCAAGCGUGGGGGCCAGCACACCCUGCCUGCGCUGUCCCGUGCCACUGCUCCCACUGACCCCAACUACAUCAUCCUGGCCCCGCUGAACCCUGGGAGCCAGCUGCUGAGGCCUGUGUACCAGGAGGAUCCCAUCCCUGAAGAAUCAGGGAGUCCCAGUAAAGGAAAGUCCUACACGGGCCUGGGGAAGAAGUCCCGGCUGAUGAAGACCGUGCAGACGGUGAAGGGCCAUGGCAACUACCAGGACUGCUCUGUCCUGAGGCCACAUGCCACGCACUCCAGCUACGGCACCUAUGUCACCCUGGCCCCCAAAGUCCUGGUGUUCCCCAUCUAUGUACAGCCUCUAGAUCUCUGUAACCCUGCUCGGACCCUUCUGUUGUCAGAGGAGCUGCUGCUGUACGAGGGGAGGAACAAGGCCACCCAGGUGACGCUGUUUGCCUACUCGGAUCUGCUGCUCUUCACCAAGGAGGACGAGCCGGGUCGCUGCAGUGUCCUGAGGAAUCCCCUCUACCUCCAGAGCGUGAAGCUGCAGGAAGGUUCUUCAGAAGACUUGAAAUUCUGUGUGCUGUAUCUAGCAGAGAAGGCAGAGUGCUUAUUCACUUUGGAGGCGCACUCGCAGGAGCAGAAGAAGAGAGUGUGCUGGUGCCUGUCGGAGAACAUCGCGAAGCAGCAACAGCUGGCAGCAUCGCCCCCGGGGAGGAAGAAACUCCACCCUUUCGGCUCUCUCCAGCAGGAGAUGGGGCCAGUCAACUCCACCAAUGCUACCCAGGAUAGAAGCUUUACCUCAUCAGGACAGACUCUGAUUGGCUGAGCAAACCCAAGGGCGGGACUCUGCUUCUGGCAACUUAACCCUUUCUGGGGCAUCCCCUACCACACAGUAACCUCACCUCAACUGGACCCAAAACAGAGGACCAAGAUGGUGGGCCUAGGGUCAUCCGAAGGGAGCAGCCCUGAGUGUGUGUGUGGACUGGCAACAGGAGCAAUGGCGGGAGAGGCCCCGGGCGCAUGUGCAGACUGGCAGCAGGAAGACCCUGAUGGAGAAGACGCAGAAGCUUGUUCCCUCCCUGGAGAAGGAGACUACAUGGCAUCCGGGCACCUGCCUGGGGGCAGCAGGAGAGGGUGCAGAGGUCGCCCCGAUGGAGAACGCCUGACCCACUGCUGCUGGAAGAUGUCUCUUACCGAGGCGCUCAUUUUCAUCUGGACACAUUCGCGCGUUCACUCAUUGGACAAUUGGGGCACCUCCUCUGUGCCAGGCUCAGUGCUAGGAACUGGGAGUACUGUGGAGAACCAGGUGGAUGUGGCCUCCGCCCUCAUCAAGAUACUAGUCCUAGUAGGGAGUGAACAUCAAAUAAAUCAACACCAACACGUGCUCACAAGCUGCAGAACCUGUGCAGGAGCCUAAGGAUGCCUCUAGAGGGCGCUGUGUCUGGCUUGCUGUGUAUGGGGUGGGGAAGUUUAUAAAGACCUGUGGCUGGAAGGAGUUAGCCAGUCACGGGCUUGGGAGAGCGUGUGCCAGGUAGAUGGAGCAACACACGGAGGGUUCCUGUGAUGGGAGCUUGGCGUGCUGGCGGAGUGAAGAGAGCCCAGUGUGCUAUCCCUAGUGGUGAGGGCCAGCCUGGGUCUGCAGGACUCAUGUUGAUUUCAUUCUAGAUACAGUGGGAGCCACGGAAGACUUUUGAGGAAGUGAGUCAGUCUCAGGUACCUUUCUAUAAGGUCAGAUUGUGUAUCGUGGGGCCCAAGAGGGAAUGAGAUGAGUUAGGGGUCCCUUCAGUCCUCCGGGUGAGGGGUGAUGGCUUAUCCUGGAGGGUGACUGGGGUGGUGAGUGUGUGAAUGCCAGGCUCUGGGAUGAGAAGAGCCCCACCCCCAGCGCACCACCUGCCUUGUCUUCCAGCCCAUCUUGUUUUCUCAGUGGUGUGAGUGAGGUUUAGAACCUUCCUCAGAGAGCUGCCUGCUGGCCAGGCUGUUCUGGAGCAUUCCUGGAGCUGGGGGCAGUGGUGCUCAGUCUGGCCAAGGUGGGAAGGUUCACAGCCCCCAGGACUUGGCAGGGGUGGCCUCCGUGCUGUGCUGAGUGGUCCAGUGGGAAACUGGAACCCUGCUCUGGACACUGCUUGGUUUGCUUUCUGCAGAGCUCCUAAGGGUCAGGGACAGGGGGCUGGUGUGGCUUAGUGACUCUCAUAGACUGUCCUAUCACAAGGUGAAAGGAAGACCACUGAGGGACAGUGAUGGGAGCCUAGCCCAAGGGCUGCCUGCGGGAGCCCCUGCUGGAGCUCAGGGUUGGGCAGUCGUUAUAUCCUUUCUACUGCCAAGGUCACAGGUCUGAGGGACAACACUCAUGUGCAAAAGGGAAUCUGUAAGACCAGCGUCAUUUGCAGAGGAAAAGGGAACCGAGAGGCUGGAGAGAUGGCUCAGGCCAGAGAAGCCCCUGCCCUUGGAAACUUCUGUGUUGCCAGUGUCUUUAGAGAGGGUUCCUGUGCUCUUGUGAGUUUGCACAGCUGCUGUGACCACCUGAACCCCAAAAUGGUGGCCUAGAAGAGAAUAUGUCGCUUACCUUCCGUGUGUCUUCUUCCCAGUGUAGGGAAGAUCAGACAUUGAAUUGACUGUCUCACAGGGGAUGGGAUGGACCUGCUGGUGACCAGGCUAAUGCCCGUGCCCAGAAGGGAGAGACGCUGCCUGGACUGGGAUACACAACAUCUCUGCCAACCAGGGCUUGACCCGCAGGGCGAAUCUGAGCGGGUGAGCAGCUGGGUCUGCACAGACAGCAGGCUGCACUUUGAUUUCAUUUGAUUCCCUCACGAAAUGACAUUAAGGGGAAUGUGAGGCAUGAGAGAAUCGCCUGUCUGGGAAGGCAGCAAGCUUGUCUCCCCUGGGCCUGGUGACCUAGCUCUGUCCAGCAGACAGGUACAGAGGACAGGAGCUCUGGCCAGAGAAAUGGAGACUCUGAGCACAGUGCCCAGCCCCAGGCUGGGGCUCACCUCCCAGCUUGUCCUGAUGAGCUGAUGUGUGGAGCAGUUGCUGCUGUCCAGGUCCCAGGGCGGAGACGGGGACCCACACUGCUGGUGCGCCGUGGGCGGGCCUGCCCAGCGACUGCGGUGAGCCACAGUGCCAUUGCUGCUCUGCCUCGUGAAUCGAUGCUACAAUUAAUUUGGCUCCAUGGGCUCGAGAAGAUGAAAUAUGACCUGGUGGCCACGGCAUCCCAGCAUCCCAGUCCAUCCCAGCUGCUCAAGAUGAUGAACAAGCUUUCGAAAUCGCUUCUGAGAGUCAUAAUCACGGGAAACGUGGCCGGCCCCUCCCCACCACAUAAAUCAUGCUAAGAAGCACACAAUGGCCUCUUUCCUGAUGGGCCAAUUGUCUUGGUGUGGUGUCUUGGGCUCAGGAGCUGGGAGCAUGGGAGCACAACUGUUUAUUGUUGAAAAGGCCAUCUGUGUCAUUUGAAUACAAAGUGACCCUUUUAGUUUCCCACACACCCUCUGAUCCCAUUUCAUGGCGUCUUAUGUCUCAGGCUCCUGGUCUUUUGAAACACCUCUCCUGCAAGCUCUCAUGCCUGGAUCUUUGAGCCCUUUCGGAGUUGGGACAACAUAGACAUUUUGGAAAUAAUGACAUUAAUUUGUGUAUGUCUUAUUGUUUUUUCUGUCCCUAAAUUCUGCCACCAAAGCCCUCAUUUGUCACACACAGCACCGAGGCACCAAGAGAGUUCUACAAAGUGGAGGUGUAGGCAGUUUUGCAAUGUGGGAGGGUUUUCCCACAGUGACAGCAUGAGAUUUGGGGUCAGCAGCUGGGGUCCUCAGGUGUUAUCUCCCCUGGGCCUCUUGGUAGCCUUGUUUUAAGGAUGAGUGAGCCCAAGCCUCCGAGAAGUUAAGUGAUUUCUCUUAGGUCACACAGCUGGUAAGAGACCAAACCAGCCCUCAAGCUAAGACUGAAUGAGUCCUCCAGUCCAAUCGAUUGCUCUUUCUAGGGGCAAAGGUUUGCUUUUAGGGAUAGAAGUGAAAGAAGUCAUUUGCCUCCUCCAGGAGGAGACAGGAGGCGGCUACCUGUGUGUCAGAAGUUAUGGUCCAUCUAACUGUAGCGGGAUGCCUUGGGGACAAGUACAACAAGUCCUUAUUCUCUGCUUACUGAAGAAGAAACUUCCAGUAUUCAUUUACCUGUGGGGUGGCACAGGCUGAGAAGAUCGAUCUUUUCCCAAAAGAUUUGAAUCAAGUCCGACGUGACCGGCAAGACUGAGCUCCUAAGACGGGUUCUUGGGGCACUGGAAUGGUUGGGUUAUGCCCCUUCCCCGUUAGGAUCAGCAGGCACCACGCUGGUGCCUGGGCAUGCCCUGGAACGUUGCCAGAGGCACAGCGGCCUGGCUCAGCAUCUGUACUGCUGAGGCCUUGACCUGAGCCGGCCCAGGUCUGCCGACAAGCCCUGCUCUCCUCCUCCCUGGCUGCUGGUCUGCUGUGGGUAGACUUGUCUUCGCAGUCUUGCUCUUGGUCUCUGCCUUCUUGCUGUUCUUUUUCCCUCUUAAGGAACAGAACCCAGUCUUACCUCUGCUGUCUUGGCUUUCUUCUCCCGAGCCUGUCUCUGAAGGGGGCUGCCUGCCGUCCUCCCAGCUGGUCCCAGCUCCUUGGCUUAAGGUUAGAGUGAUAAAGCUAGGUCAUUUUAUGAGAGCACUCACACUGUGAGCCAGGCACGGUGCCCAGCUUUGGACGCACAGUAUCUCUUUCAGUCCUCACUACGGUAUUAUGAGGUUCCUUAUUCUGUUACACAUUGACUCCCAUUAUGUCCAGUUUAUAGCUGAAGACUGAGUCAAGAAACUUGCCCAAGGUCACACAGCUGGUGGUGGCUCCGAUGGCAACCCAGGUAGCCUGGCUCCAGAACACUGGCUUUUGAUUAUUCUGUUCUAAUGCUGCUUUCCUGCAACCACAGACCAUCCCAACUGGGAAGGGCUGGGGGGUGACUGGACAGUCACACUCCUGCUUAAAAGCCAUGGGGCAGGCCGUGGUCCUAGGAAUAAAGCCCAGGUCUCCGGGUUCUCCUGGCUGCUCUUCCCUCUUGCUUUGCCCCUGAGCCUGGCCACGGGGGUCUGUUUCUCCUGCUCCCGAGUCCCGGUGUUGUUCAUGGGUAGGCUCUUCCUUCUGCCUGCUGCCGCCUGCGUCUUUACUGUCUUCCUGGCUGCCAGCCUCUACCUUCAAGGCUUAGCACCUCCUCUGAGACACCUUUCUCAGGCAUGCAUCAGAAGCCACUGCCUCCCCCUGUGCUUAAUCAGAGGAGUUUCAUCCUGAGCAUGGUGUAUCAGGCAGAGCUAUCUCUUGUAAGACUACAAGCCCCUGGGGCAAGUGGAGGCCAUGUUUUAUUUGUCUUUCAAUGUUGUCUGGCCCAUAGUAGGUGCGCAGUAGAUGUUGUAGAAUUGAAUUGGGCUCUUACAUUCUAGAAAUUAGAGGAGGAAACAGGAUCCAAAAGGGGAGGUGACCUGGCCAGAGUCAUGGGCAAGUGAGCAUCAGAGCCAGGACUAGAACUCAGGUCAGAGGAAUUUGCUCAGAGCUUUGUGUUGACCUGCCCCCAGCUUUGCAGAUACCAAAGCAGGGAUGGAUUCUCAAUUGGUUUAUGAAGCAAUCUGUUCAGGUUCACAUCAAAGUCAAGGAUAGCACCAUGUUCCCAUGCUGACCUAGAGUAUCCUCAGAGGGAAAGGAAACCUCAUCAGAGCUGCUGUUACGGUUCUCUUCCCCACGUUUUAGGGCUCCCCUCUCACUGAGCCCCUUGUCUCACAGAAAAACCAAAGUAGAAUUCUGAGACUCUUGGUUCAAAUACUGAUUUGUUGGUACUUACUGUAUGACCUUGGGCAAAUUGCUUUACAUCUCUGAUCAUCCAUUUCCUUACCAAGAAAAAUGAGGGAAUUGAACUUUGAUGGUCUCCAGGAGUCAUCAGAUUCCAAACUAUUCAGACAUAACAACAGGGUUCAGUAUAGAGUAACUACCCCCUCCAAAAGGUAGAGACCCUGAUUGCCAGCUGGAACUACUUCAAGUUCCUCAUCAUUGUCACUGUCUCCAGACACAUACCUGAUUCCUUGAGAGAGUUCCACACUGGAUUGCAGAGGGGAGAAUGGGCAGGAAGCCUCAGCACUCAGAAAAGGAAGAAAAAGAGCAGACAUUUUUGUUUUUGCAAUGAAUCAGAGAGUACGCUGUGGACGUGUGCACAUGUACCACGUUAAUAUCCAUCACACACUCAUGACGCAAGGUUUGCUUGUGGAUCUUAUACCAGAUGAGAUCCUCAUGACAGACACCCCAAAUUAAACCCACUCCUGCCUCCAUCUCACCCAGGGCUGCCUCUUCCAGGCUGCCCUCAGAGGCCAGCGCGAGGAGCUCUCAGCCCACAUCCUUCCCCUGCACCUUCCUUUCUGCUCAGGGGGUCUGGUUCGCACAGGACGCAUUUGAACUUCACGCACACGCGCACCCUUCCAUCUCGCCAGCACUGGUCUACAGCAUCAGGCUAAUUUCAAGUGGAAUUUAUGGUCAUCAGUGUGCAGUGCCUUGGUUUCUAGAGUGGUGGGAAGUCUCUCUCCUGCAGACCCUUCCCCAGAAGUUGCUGUGGAUUUUCUCAUUGCCUUUGACAUCUGUCUUCUAUCGCUCAAGACAAUGCUACCAAAGAGAAAUUUUCUCAAAAGGUGACUUUUAAACAUGAGCGGUUUUUCCAUUCGUGUUUAAUUCUGUUAUUGCAAUUUAGUUUUCUACCAUUUCUCCUCCGUGGACGAAGAUUAAGGGGAAAGUAGCCCAGGAAGCUGACCAGGAUUUAUGACACCAUUUUCAAUGGAAAAUGCAUUCUGAGACCUAUAAUCAACUCUCAGAAGACUCUGGGAACACAACCCAGCACAUACCCCAAAGCAGAGAAGACAGUAUUUAUGUCGAGUAACUAGAAUUAACAUAGACUCUUCUAAGAGCUAAAAAAAAAAAAAAAAAAAAAAAAAUAGUCCUCCACUGUCCCC